AUGUACAAUGAAGGAUUAUCACGUUGUGCUUGUGAACUUUGUAAACCAUCAACAACCCAAGGACUAUUAAAUUAUCCAACUUGCCAGUGUAUACUUGUUGAUGGUGUAGAAAGAACUGUAUUUUCAGUAAAUCGUAUGGUACCAGGACCAAAUAUUCAGAUAUGUAAAAAUGAUUAUGUUGUUAUUGAUGUAUUGAACAAUGCUGAGGGAAUUGGUGUUUCACUACAUUAUCAUGGAUUAUUUCAAAAUAAUUAUCAAUACUAUGAUGGUGUUCCAUAUGUAACACAAUGUCCAAUUCAAGGAUUUACAAAAUUUCGUUAUCAAUUUAAAGUUAAACAAUCUGGUACAUAUUUUUGGCAUUCACAUGUACAAACACAUCGUUUAGAUGGUCAAUAUGGAGCAUUUAUAAUACGUGAUUUAUCAGAAAAUGAGCCAAAUAUUAAUUUAUAUGAUGAGGAUAAACCGGAUCAUGUUAUUAUCAUUAGUGAUUGGAUGCAUUAUUUGUCAACAGAAAGGUGGCCUGGUCUCAAAGUACAUAAUGGACAAUCAGCUGAUAAUAUAUUAAUUAAUGGAAGAGGAAAAUGGACAUUUACUAUUGAAGGACAUUCAUUGAAAAUUAUUGCACAAGACGGCUCACACGUUUUGCCACAAGAUGUUGAUACAAUUAUCACUAGUGCAGGUGAACGAGUUGAUUUUAUUAUAAAUGCAAUGGAAAAUAAAAAAUCAUAUUGGAUACAAGUACGUGGUCUUGGUGAAUGUGAGGAAAAAAAAGUACAGCAAUUUGCUAUUUUAAAAUAUAAUGGUGAUAGACAAGAUGAAGAUACUGAACAACCUGACUAUGUUGAUGGCCUUGAACAAGGAAUUAUUUAUAAUCCACUUGUUGUUGAUUGUGACAAUGAAAAUGAUAGUUCAAUAUGUCCAAGUAGCUUCAAAACAGCUGAAGAAUUUGAUACUGAUAUUGUCAAUUUAAAACCAGACUAUCAAUUUAUAUUACCAUUUUAUUUUCAUUAUUAUGAAAAAGAAACAAAUUAUGAUAAUAUUUUUACGACAAAUAAAACACAUUAUCCUGAAUUUUUUGUUACAAAUACUGCUGUUACAUUGGUCAGUUUGUUUGAUGGUGUUAUAUUUAAAACAGCAUCAGCACCACCACUCACUGAAAAUGAAGGUUUCGAUUAUACAUGUGAUAAAAGUAAUUUUAAAAAUUGCAAACCACCAGAGUGUUCAUGUACAAAUAUCAAAAAAAUUAAACUUAAUUCAAUUGUAGAAUUAAUUCUUUAUGACAAAGUUGUUCAGCCUUUAACGAUACAUCCAUUUCAUCUUCAUGGUCAUAAAUUUCAUGUUCUUGAUAUGGGACAAUUUUUAGAAAAACGUUCAAUAAAUAAUUCUGACAUAACCGAAAUUUUAAAUAAUCACAAAAAAAAGCUCGAGAAACAAAUGUAUAAUUUACCACCAGCAAAAGAUACUGUUCUUGUGCCGCAAAGUGGCUGGGUUAUUUUAAGAUUUCGUGCAAAUAAUCCAGGAUUUUGGUUGUUUCAUUGUCACUUGGAUUGGCAUAGCACAACUGGAAUGCAACUAAUUUUCCAGAUUGGUGGACAAACAGAUUUACCACCAAUACCUGAUGGUUUUCCAACAUGUGGAAAUUUCAUUCCUUCAAUAAAUCCAAUUGAUUAA